AUGCUCGUCAACCAACCCGUCCGCCCCCGGCCGAUCAAGACUCGUUCUAGAGCAGGAUGCAAAUAUUGCCGAGACAAGAGAAAGAAGUGCUCCGAAGAACGCCCCCAUUGUCUUCGUUGUGUUCAAGCCGGCGUAACAUGCGUUUACGAGCCCAUCAAGAAGCGGAAGCGGAGGGCAUCCGUCAAGUCGGCCCAAACCCAAGAGUCCAUCGAAUCCGAUGACUCGAACAGCCCGACAGGCACCACAGACCAACAAACAAGCCCCGACACGAACAUUUUGACACCACCUGAUGUGGGCCAACCCACCAUUGACCUUGCUUUCUCAUCGCCUGGUUCUACAGACAACUGUUUUUCCACUUCAAUAGACGCUAUACUGCCUAUCUGCGAAGACUUCGACGGCCCCUACGAAUACGACAUGGCCUACGAGGAUGCGGAGGCAGGAACAGGUGACUUCACGACAGUUACGGAAAUCGGAAGCUAUCAAAAGGGAGACAUCGAGUUGCAGCUUCCUUUGACAACCAUGGAUGGUAGUGUCCACUCAAUGGACGACUCCUUCUUCUCGGCAAGCCUGGAUAUGUCUUGGAAUGAGCCGUCGUGGUCAGCAGGCUCCUCGCCAAUCAUGAAUUUGCUUCCUCCAUCCUUCCACAACGUACCAGACUGUCCGGAGGGCACAGGUCUGCUGGAUCAUUACUCUAAAGUCAUGUUACCAACAAUGGGAUUCAAGGAAGGGAGUUCCAAUCACUACGAGCAACACAUCAUCCCACUUUCAAAUAGGAGCUCCGCUGUUCGCAACGCCAUCUAUGCUCUGGCUAGUGCGCAUCGCGAAUAUGCCGGGUUGGAAAGCACAGAAGGGUCUGCAGGUUUUCACGAGCGAGCCGUCGCAGGCCUGUCAGCAAUCAUUGAAGAGGGCGACGGCUUUGAAGAGGCGCUUGCCACAAUUGUUCUCCUUUUGCAGUACGAUCUGCUCAUGCAGCGAAGCCUGCCCACCAUCACCAGCAAUCAUCUUCAGGGGGCCUGGCACAUCAUCAGUGCGAUACCAUCACCAAAGAGCCCAAGCGUUGAGUUCUUUGAACGGGUUUUCCGCUACUUCGAUGUGCUAUACGCGCUCACCCACGGCGCUACCCCAGUCUUUGCGGCACCAAGCCCUAGCCGAACCUAUUCACCUGGCAGCUCUCCACCGCCGAUCACAUUCGAUGGUAUUGAUCCAGUUCUAGGAAUGGCCGAUGAUCUCUGGCCAACACUCCACCGCCUGAGUGAGCUUGCCACAAUGAAGCGUGAGCUGCAGACCGCCAUGGCAACAGGGCAAUCUUCGAAGUUUGCAGUCCUUCGCACCGAGUACCAGACGACCUACAAGGCGAUCGAGCACGCUCUAGAAACGUGGCAUCCGGUUCUCCCUCCAGGAUUUGAUCUCGUCAACCGCAUUGUUGAUGGCCCAGAACACGCCACCGAGGCCGAGCUUGCCAACAUUAGAUGGAUCACUAGCACUGCGCUUGCCUACCGACAGAGCGCACUGGUUUAUCUGUACAGCACCAUAUCCGAGUACCCUUCAUCGCAUGACUUGGUUCAAAAACACGCACAGGCGGCCCUAUGGCACUGUGCUGCGGCUGUGUCGCACGGCGCGGCCGGGUUGACCAUCCUGUGGCCGCUAUUCUUCUCCGCAUGUCAUGCCAUAUGCAGCCGGGAUCGCGGUCUCGUACGACAAGCUUUCACCGCAUUCGGUAGCAAGAAGGGCACAGUCAACACGGAAAAGCCCUGGACCGUUGUCCAGGAUGUGUGGCGGAGAAUGGACAUGCGGGCCUAUGGUAAGGAGAAGGUUGGGGCUGAGGCGUGCCCGGAUCUGUGGAAGCAAAUUGCUGCAAAUAUGGGAGUCGGCCUCGUCUUUGGCUGA